GUGGAGGCAAGCUGGGAUUGAAGUCUGUUUUCGUGUGGGUGUCGGUAUUUUUAAUGAAAUAAAAUCUUUGGAAUACUAAAAAGUCAGGAUGUCUUUAGAAAAAGAUGCUCUGACAGUGGUCCCCAGACCGGCCUGUGCAUGGAAGGGCUGGAAUGGAUUUAGCCUGACUCUGCAGAAUGACAGAUAGUUUGGAUGAGUUUAUUGAAGAGCAGAAAGCUAAACUGGCUAAAGACAAAGCUGAAUUGGAAAGUGACCCCCCUUACAUGGAAAUGAAGGGAAAGGCAUCAGAGAAGCUUUCUGAAAACAGUAAACUGUUAAUCUCCAUGGCUAAGGAAAACAUACCACCGAACAGUCAACAGACCAAGGGAUCCUUAGGAAUUGAUUAUGGAUUAAGUUUACCACUUGGGGAAGACUAUGAACGGAAGAAACAUAAAUUAAAAGAAGAAUUGAGGCAAGAUUAUAGACGCUAUCUUACUCAGGGCAUUACACAAGCAAAAAGAAAGAAAAAUUUUCUAUCCGCGGGUGAAACAGACCCAUCUACUCUGGGAGUUUCCCUUCCUAUUGGUGAGAGGCUAUCUGCCAAGGAAAGGUUGAGACUUGAACGCAACAAAGAAUAUAAUCAAUUUCUCAGGGGUAAGGAAGAAUUCACUGAAAAGGUCAGACAGGUAGAAAAGGAUACUGAGCCUAAGAGCCAAAGAAAUAAAAAUCCUGUUAGUCAAGUUAAACCUGAUUUGCCACCACAAAUACAAACAUUAUGCACAAAUUCAGAGGGUUCUAGGAGAGAUGUCUUAAUUCCUUCAGAGACGUAUGAAGAGCUUCUAAACCAAAGAAGACUAGAAGAGGACAGAUACCGACAACUAGAGGAUGAAAUUGAAUUAAGGAGUAGAAGAAAUCUUAAAAAAACAAAUGAAGGAGUAAGCCUUUCUAGUGCAAAACAUCAAAACUUUGCCAGCAAAGCUGGUGUUCCGGAAAGAAGAGUUCAAAGGUUUAAUGAGAACCAUGUUCUUGAUAGACAGCUCUAUAGACAAGACCAAGACCCUGCAGUCAGUGAAGAAAUGGAUGAAAGAUUUAGAUAUGAAAGUGAUUUUGAUAGAAGACUGUUGAGAGUAUAUACAAAUGACAGGAUACAUGGAAACAGACGAGGGUAUGUACCUCUUGUGGAAAAUGAUGAUGUCACAGAACAACCAAACAUACGAAUUUCAUCUGCCGGAAGUAAAAGUGCUCAAGAUAAUGAACCAUCUAGUUCUGCUAAUCGUGGUAUCUGUAGCCCUUUUGCAGGGAUGCUUUUUGGAGGUGAAGAUCGAGAACUUACUCAGAGAAAGAAAGAGAAAUACAGGCUAGAACUAUUGGAACAAAUGGCUGAGCAGCAGAAGAACAAGAGACGAGAAAAAGAUUUAGAACUCACAGUUGCAGCUUCUGGAAUACAAGACCCUGAGAAGUUGCCUGCUAGAUUAAAGCAUUUUAGUAUGGCACCAAGACACUGUGAAGAGAUGAUACCUCCUGAGAGACCCAGAGUAGCUUUCCAGACUCCUCUUCCUCCUUUAUCUGCCCCACCUGUCCCACCCAUCCUAUCAGUUCAUUCAGCCCCUUCUCAAAAUGAAGAUUUGCACAGUGGACUCAACAGCACCCUUGGUGAAAUGGUGCCUCCCAGGAUUGUACCUCUGCCUCCUCCUCCCCUCCUACCACCUUUGGCUGCUAACUAUCGAACACCUUAUGAUGAUGCAUAUUAUUUUUAUGGUGCCAGAAAUACUUUGGAUCCCAGUAUUGCUUAUUAUGGUUCGGGAAUGAUUGGAGGACAACCUGCCCCUUAUGUCUCUGCCCCUGUCACCCACCAAGUAGCACAACCUAUUGUGAAUACAGUUGGACAGAGUAAACAUAAAGUUACAAGUGAUCGAGUGGUGAAUUCAGGGCUGAUUUUUGAAGAUAAACCAAAACCUUCCAAGCAGUCACUUCAGUCUUAUCAAGAAGCUUUGCAGCAGCAGAUUCGGGAAAGAGAAGCAAGAAGGAAGAAAGAGCGUGAAGAAAAAGAAGAAUAUGAAGCUAAAUUGGAAGCUGAAAUGCGAAUUUACAACCCUUGGGGGAAAGGUGGAGGUGGUGCUCCUCUCAGAGAUGCCAAAGGAGAUCUGAUAACUGAUUUGAAUAGGAUGCACAGACAAAAUAUAGAUGCCUACCAUAAUCCAGAUGCAAGAACAUAUGAAGAUAAAAAGGCUGUUGUAUCUCUAGACCAAAAUUUAGCCACUUCAAAUGCUGAGAACCUAGAGGAUUCUGCAAAUAAAAACUCAGGUCAUAUGCAAACACAGAGCUCUCCUUUUGCUCGGGGAAAUAUAUUCAGUGAGCCUCCCACUGAACUUCAGAUUAAACAGCAAGAAUUAUACAAGAAUUUUCUUCGUUUUCAGAUUGAGGAAAAGAGGCAAAGAGAGGAAGCAGAGCGAGAGAGACUGAGAAUUGCAGAAGAAAAGGAAGAAAAACGACUUGCAGAACAGAGAGCAAGGAUUCAGCAGGAGUAUGAAGAGGAACAGGAGAGGAAGAGGGAAAAGGAGGAGGAGCAAAGGCUGAAAAAUGAAGAACUCAUUCGAUUAGCUGAAGAAAGACGAAAAGAAGCAGAAAGAAAGAAGAAAGAAGAAGAAGAAAAGCAUAGUUUACAACUUCAGCACUAUUAUGAAAGAGAAAAUAUGAUUGGAGAUGAAAUAAAGCUCUUGAGACAGCCUUCUCCUGUGGUUCCUGCUCUUCAGAACAAAAUUGCAAAUAAACUCCAAAGACCUCCUUCAGUCGACACCAUCAUAAGUUCCUUUAUUCAUGAAAGCGCCAUGUCCAAGGCACAGUCUCCUCCAGUACCUGCAAGGAAAAAUCAGCUUCGUGCGGAAGAGGAGAAGAAAAACGUAAUCAUGGAAUUAUCAGAAAUGAGGAAACAACUUCGGAGUGAAGAGAGGCGAUUGCAAGGACGGCUGCUGCACAUGGACAGUGAUGAUGAAAGCCACAUAAGGAAAAGGGAAAGGAAUCCUAUGGAUAUAUUUGAUAUGGCCAGACAUCGGGUACAAGCUCCUGUCAGAAGACAGUCCCCUAAGGGCUUAGAUGCUACCACUUUUCAGAAUAUUCAUGAUUUUAAUGAGCUGAAAGAGAGAGAUUCAGAAACACGAGUGGAUUUGAAAUUUAUGUACCCGGAUCCUCCAAGAGAUCAUCACACCUUAGAGAUUCAGCAGCAGGCCCUGCUACGCGAGCAGCAGAAGAGGCUGAAUAGAAUUAAAAUGCAGGAGGAUGGGGAAGUUGACUUAGACACCAUCUCCAGUGGUAAAGUACAAAGGCACGGAAUGCCCAGAAACGACACUAAUGAUUUUUUGAAAAAUUCAUUAUUGGAAUCUGAUAGUGCUUUUAUUGGUGCUUAUGGUGAGACGUAUCCUGCUAUUGAAGAUGAAGCCUUCCCUCCACCACUGCAGCUGCCUUCUGCGAGGGAGCGCAGGCGGAACAAACUGAAAGGACUAGAUUUUGAUAAUAACAGGCUUCAUAUACCACCAGAUGGUCUCUCAAAACCUGUCUCCAGUAUAAAUGUUGAUCAGCUUAGAAUGAGAAAUGAAGACAGAAUGAGAAGACUGAAUGAACUUCAAAGUAAAGCUAUUAAUCCAGGUGAUGAGAGUUCAUUAGUUGAUCCUGAUGACAUCAUGAAACAACACCUGGGUGAUGAUGGAUCCAGCUCUGUAGCAACGGAGCCCUGGCUCCGCCCUGGCACCUCAGAAACUCUGAAACGCUUCAUGGCAGAGCAGCUCAAUGAGGAGAAACAGCAGGGUCCUGGAAAGCCAGGCACUUUCACUUGGCAGGGCCUGUCAACUGCACAUGGUUAAAAUAAACCAACACUGGACCCAACAGUGCCUUUUAAAGUGUAAGGAAUGUUCAAUCUCUAUCUUGAGUAGUAUGUCCUACAUACUACUGACCUGACAUUACUUAUGUUCCACCUAUAUAAACUAUAUUUUUUCUAUGAUGAUGUAUGUUAUGAAUAUUAUGUACAUAAAAGGCUACAAUUACUGCUUUAUAUAACAGGAUUAUAUAGAAUUAUUUUGCACAGUUUUGCCAUAAGUCAGAGUGGUAAUGAACUCUUGGAUUCAACUACCGUAUGUGCAUUAAAUUCUGCUUGCCAUUAAGAGGUCGUGAACUACGCGUUGUAACAGUACUGUGAAACCCGAGUCUCUUCUGUUACUUGCACAUUUGCUAUUACAUUAGCUUUGUGUUCAGAGCAGUUCAUUAGAGAAUACACCUGUUGGAGCUGUGACUAUUCGAGUUGCUUUGUGACGAGGGACUCAAACAAGAUCUGUAUUUUCAUGUGAUUUGUAGCCACUGGUUCUGUAGAAAUGAAGGGAGCUAGGAUGAUCUUAUUCCUGUGAUUCAUGCACUACAUGUUAUGCCUGUCUGUCUCCGUAUUAUUUUUAUGCUGAUAAAAGGCACAGACUCAGCAUUACUAAUUUAUCUGAUUUCACUAUUUCUUGAUAGAAAUAAAGCUUUAUUUUUAUUA